AUGGCGAUGCCUACCACAGACGCCAACAUGGGCGAAACAAAUAAAAUUGGUAAGCACCACCGCCAAAGUGCCAGCAACAGCGAGGAACAGGUUGCAGAAGAUUUGGAGGGUCACAGAGAGACGAGCACCGACACAGAUUUCGAUUACAGCGACGACGCGAUGUCUACCACGGACGCCAACAUGGGCGGCACAAAUGAGGUUGGUAAAGUAGAACCUGAGGGAGACAUCAGCAGAGAUGAAAGCAGCACCACCGCCGAAGUGCCGAAAGCUGGUUUGGAAGAUUUCAAAGAUAUCAACGACAGUACCACGACAACAGAAAGCCCUUUACUGGUAGAGAAACUAUCUGAAUCCAACAUCGCGGACGAGGACGACAUUCUGGAUCUUGAUGAGGAAAAUGAUGCGAUCGCAACGGGCAACAUCAGAAUGGGUGACAAAAUAUUGGAUGCUCCGUCAGUGGAACACAAAGGAGAAUCUACCGAGCCAGCUAGCCCGAAUGGAAGCAUUGAGGAAAAUAGCAACGAGGCCUCAAAUGCUCAAUCCUCAAGCGACGGUUCGCACGGCCGAUCGUGUCGAGGCAUUUGGGGAACACCAAAGGUCGGUGCUAGGCCACCAGAUAUGGAACUACUAUACCAUGUUUUUGAGAGUCGAAUACAAAAGCAACUUGGGAUAGGCCCUAUACCAGAAAGUCAACUCAGAGAAAAUUUAUUUCCACUUGGAAUCGGGUUUGA